AUGAAUAUAGACGUGGAGUUCCACAUCCGGCACAACUACCCCUGGAGCAAGUUGCCGGCCAACGUGAGGCAGAGUCUUGGAAAUUCACAGAGAGAAUAUGAAAAGCAGGUUGUUCUGUACAGUAUCCGCAAUCAGUUACGAUACAGAAAUAACUUAGUUAAACAUGUCAAGAAAGAUGAGCGCAAAUACUAUGAGGAGCUCCUCAAGUACAGUCGCGAUCAUCUCAUGCUGUACCCUUACCAUCUGUCAGAUAUUAUGGUAAAGGGCCUGAGGAUAACACCCUUUUCAUAUUAUACUGGGAUCAUGGAGGACAUUAUGAACAGUGAGAAAAGUUAUGAUUCGUUGCCCAAUUUUACUGCUGCUGACUGUCUAAGGCUCCUUGGCAUAGGAAGAAACCAGUACAUUGAUCUGAUGAAUCAGUGUCGGUCAUCAAAAAAAUUUUUCAGAAGGAAAACAGCUCGUGAUCUUUUGCCAGUGAAGCCGGUGGAAAUUGCCAUAGAGGCUUGGUGGGUGGUGCAGGCUGGGUAUAUCACAGAAGAUGACAUAAAGAUAUGCACUUUGCCUGAGAAAUGUGCUAUUGAUAAGAUCAUCGAUGCAGGCCCUCAGCUGUCUGGAUCACUAGAUUACAAUGUAGUACAUAGCUUAUAUAACAAAGGAUUUAUUUAUCUGGAUGUACCAAUAUCUGAUGACAGUUGUAUAGCAGUUCCUCCUCUUGAAGGUUUUGUAAUGAAUCGGGUGCAAGGUGAUUAUUUUGAAACUCUACUUUAUAAGAUAUUUGUCUCAAUAGAUGAGCAUACUAAUGUUGCAGAGCUUGCAAAUGUCCUUGAAAUAGACUUAUCUUUGGUUAAGAAUGCCGUUUCAAUGUAUUGCCGAUUGGGCUUUGCCCAUAAGAAGGGACAAGUAAUAAAUUUGGACCAGCUUCAUUCAUCGUGGAAGAAUGUUCCAUCCGUAAACAGAUUAAAGAGUACUUUAGAUCCACAAAAGAUGCUGCUAUCAUGGGAUGGUGGGGAAAGCAGGAGUCCUGUACAAGAAGCUUCAUCGGCUACUGACACAGAUACUAACAGUCAAGAAGAUCCAGCUGACACAGCCAGUGUAAGCAGUUUGAGUUUGUCCACAGGAUAUACAAAGCGUAUUGCUUUUCUCUUUGACUCAACUCUCACUGCCUUUUUAAUGAUGGGAAAUCUUUCACCAAACUUGAAAAGCCAUGCUGUCACAAUGUUCGAAGUUGGCAAACUGUCAGAUGAGUCUCUGGACAGCUUUCUUAUAGAACUAGAAAAGGUUCAGAGCACUGGUGAAGGAGAAGCACAGAGAUAUUUUGAUCAUGCACUUACUCUGAGAAACACAAUAUUGUUUCUGCGUCAUAAUAAAGAUCUAGUUGCACAAACUGCACAGCCAGACCAGCCCAAUUAUGGUUUUCCUCUGGAUCUCUUACGCUGUGAAAGCCUUCUUGGUUUGGACCCUGCAACUUGUAGCAGAGUUCUGAACAAAAAUUACACACUACUCGUCUCCAUGGCUCCUCUCACCAACGAAAUCCGGCCUGUGAGCAGCUGCACCCCUCAGCACAUUGGACCAGCUAUCCCAGAAGUCAGUUCUGUCUGGUUUAAACUAUACAUUUAUUACAUCACCGGGCAAGGACCACCAUCUCUUUUACUGUCCAAAGGUACAAGACUUCGAAAACUGCCAGAUAUAUUCCAGGGUUAUGAUCGAUUACUAAUAACAUCUUGGGGUCAUGACCCUGGGGUAGUCCCUACGUCCAACGUGCUCACGAUGCUGAAUGAUGCUUUAACACAUUCGGCAGUUUUGAUUCAGGGACAUGGUUUGCAUGGGAUAGGAGAAACUGUCCACAUACCUUUUCCAUUUGAUGAAACAGAACUACAAGGAGAGUUCGCUCGCGUCAACAUGAGUGUUCAUAAAGCCUUGCAGAUAUUAAGGAACAAAGUGGAUCUGCAGCAUUUUUGUGGAUAUGUCACCAUGUUGAAUGCUUCGAGCCGCCUUGCGCACAGAAAACUCAGUGACGCUUCUGAUGAGAGAGGAGACCCUGAUUUGGCUUCUGGCUCAGAUGUAAAUGGGAGCACAGAGUCAUUUGAAAUGGUCAUUGAGGAAGCAACUCUAGACUCGGCAACAAAACACAACUCUGCUGCCACAACAGAAGCGGAUUGGGUUCCUCUUGAGCUGUGCUUUGGAAUUCCAUUGUUUAGUUCUGAAUUAAACCGGAAAGUUUGUAGAAAAAUUGCGACACAUGGCCUUUGCAGAAAAGAGAGCCUUCAGAACCUCUUACAUUCCAGUAGAAAACUCUCUCUACAAGUCCUUAACUUUGUUCACUCAUUCCAGGAAGGUGCUUCCACACUGGAUGUUCACACAGAGGCCAGCUUUUCCAGUGUGCCUUCACAGUCCUCCUGUGCCGACACGGGAGUUCCGCUUCCUGCAAAGAACUUAAUAUUUAAAGAUGGUGUCUUAUCAGAGUGGAGUGGACGGUCACCUUCCUCACUUCUUGUUGCUAAUCUCCAUUUGCAAUAA